AUGUUAAAGAGAAGUUUCAAUGUUGUCACUUGUGUGAGCAGGAGCAAACUAUCAUCUACAAAAGUCGUUGUUUGCCAAUAUAAGAGUCUUUUAAAUAACCAGCAAAGAUAUACUUCAACUUCGCCACGAAAAGAAAUCAAAAGUUUAGAGGACUUAGUGAACUUAAAUUCUUUGGAUGGUGUUGACACUGACCUAAUACGCAAUUUGAUUAAUGAGCGUACUACAGAGCUGAAUAUCAAGAAGGAGUUAGAUAUGCUCAAGAAAUUUUCUCAAGAGGAAGAAUCAGGACACGAUAUCCCUGUGAAAAGGUUCAUUAGACCUCUUUGGAUGUUCGUAUUGAUGGGAUCUUCUGUAUAUUUACUGCUCCACUUCACUUGGUGGAAGUUAGAACAUGAUGAGAGGGAGAAUCAGUUAAAGAAUGAGGUAGAAACCUUAGAGGACCAGCUAAAUGAAUUAAUAAGUCAAAAUAAAAUUUCCCACGAUGCAGAAAAAGAAAGCACUGAAUCGGUCAGUACGAAGCGUUGGUAUGAAAAAUGGUUUUGGUGA